GCGGGGUCGGGUAUCCCGUGGCACGUGAUGAGGACGUUGUCGCUGUCUCUUCCGCCCGGAAGAAAGAUGGUGGCAGGCAGGCCCUAGCGACCUUAGACUCAGUGGCUGCUUGCCUCUCCCCGCCCCUUUCCUCAAGAAAGAUGGCGGCCGCCUAUGUGGGCUUCCGUUGACUGUGUCGCGGACUUUGCUCUUGGGCAUCAUCGGGGCUCCGGGCGCUCACUGGAUCCAUCUUUGAAGAUACUUUAGACCAUAGUGAAGAACUGGACAAAAAUGGUGUCAAAGCAGGCCUUCCUCUGCAGCCUGGGCUCUGUCUACUUGUCAUUGCUGUUUGUUUUUCUCCUCAUGGAUGUUUAUGCCAGGCCUGCCAACAACUCAGCCUUGAAGGAGAAAGGGACUGACAAGGAUGAGAAUGAGAUCCUGCCCCGAGACCACCUGAACGGGGUCAAGAUGGAGAUGGAUGGGCACCUGAACAAAGACUUUCACCAGGAGGUCUUUUUGGGGAAGGAGAUGGAGGAGUUUGAUGAAGAUUCAGAACCUCGAAGAAACAGAAGAAAACUCAUGGCGAUCUUUGCAAAGGUGGACGUUAAUAAUGACAAAAGGAUCAGUGCCAAAGAGAUGCAGCGAUGGAUCAUGGAAAAGACAGAGGAGCACUUCCAGGAAGCUGUCAAGGAAAACAAGAUGCAUUUUAGAGCAGUUGAUCCUGAUGGUGACGGCCGUGUGUCUUGGGAUGAAUAUAAAGUGAAGUUUCUGGCAAGCAAAGGCCACAAUGAAAAAGAGGUUGCAGAAAAGAUAAAAAACAACGAGGAGCUGAAAAUCGAUGAAGAAACUAUGGAAGUUCUCGAUAACCUCAAGGAUCGCUGGUAUCAGGCUGACAACCCUCCAGCCGAUCUGCUGCUAAAUGAGGAGGAGUUCCUGUCCUUUCUUCAUCCAGAACACAGCAGGGGCAUGCUGAGAUUUAUGGUCAAAGAAAUUGUCCGGGACUUGGACCAGGAUGGGGAUAAGAAGCUUGUUUUGUCCGAGUUCAUUUCCCUGCCAGUGGGCACAGUUGAAAACCAGCAGGCCCAAGACAUUGAUGACGACUGGGUGAAAGACAGGAAAAAGGAAUUUGAAGAAGUCAUUGAUGCAAACCACGAUGGGAUUGUCACUAUGGAAGAGCUAGAGGAGUACAUGGACCCCAUGAAUGAGUACAAUGCUCUCAAUGAGGCCAAGCAGAUGAUCGCAGUGGCUGAUGAGAACCAGAAUCACCACCUGGAGAUAGAGGAGAUUCUGAAGUAUGGGGAAUACUUCACAGGGAGCAAGUUAAUGGACUAUGCCCGGAACGUCCAUGAAGAGUUCUGAGGUCUCCCUGCUGCCCGCCCGCCCCAGGCCCACCCCUGCCCCACCGACAAGAGGAUAGAUUCUC